UGAACCCAACCAUUUGUAAACAAACCAACAUCAACGUGCUUUGCCUUUUAAAAUUUACAAUUUUAUAAAGAAAAUACUUAAAUUUAAUAUAAUUACAAUAGAAAUGUCUAUAGACUAUGGAAAUCUGUGUUCGGUAAUAUUGAAACAAUGUUUUGGCGAGACUGUGCAACUGGUUGGGGACUGUCUGUUUGCGGCAAAUGCUCGAUCACUGGGAAACAUUGUCAAAUCAACAAAUCUGACAAGGAGGGAGGUCUCCACUGCUUUGGGUAUUUUAAUCAAGUACCAAUUGGUCACAUUUCAAGCUAACGAUGUUAAUCCUUUUAUGGCUGAGUAUUCGCUGAAGCGCGAUGAAAUUUUGUACAUUUUGCGGUAUUCGAGAUACGUUCAUUUGAUACAAACCAAAUAUGGCUCCGUUGGAGCUGCAAUUGCCGAGGAAUUGCUAUACAGUGGAUCUCAAACUGCCUCAAAUACCUUACUCAAAUGCCUAUCCAAUAAUGAAAUCAACGAGAAAGUGGAAACAAUACGAGAUACAUUUGUGCAAAUGAUACGUGACAAUUAUUUAAUUAAACUUCCAAUGUUGGUACCCACUGAAAGCGGUGAACCAGAAUUGGUGCCAAAAUUACACAUAGAAGAUUAUGAUCUAUUCAAUCCACCCGAAAUUGAUUUGGCAAUGCUGGCUAAGGUGCAGGCUAGAACUGUACAAGCCUCACAACUCAGGGAUGCAGCUGUCUUCUGGCAACUAAACUUCAAACGCUUUCAUCAGGACUUCCGGGACCAAUGCAUGAUAUCUGCUGUGGAAAGGAAACUAGGGUCCAGUGCAGCUGAAUGUUUUAAAUACAUACUGAAGCAAAUGUACGAAAGAACAGAUCCCUGGCAAAGACAAUGUUCAAAUCCAUUUACGGUGGUUGAAGUGAAACAGGUGGUGGAAAAGAAUUCCAGUAACUUGGAUUUGAUUCGACAUUUGGAUCAAUAUGUGGCCUUACUGGCCGAUGAUUCAUUACAUUUCAUAAGAAAAAUCGGUGAAAUGGGUGGUGGCCAGUAUGUGGUAGACUUAGCUCCAGCCUUUGAGUCCUUAGCCUUGGCAUGCAUAGAAAAUGUCAUAACAGAACGUUUCGGAUCGAAAGCUUCACGUAUCUUUCGGGUGGUGCGAAUGAAAAAAUAUAUUGAACAAGAAGAUCUGCAAAAGGAGGCCAUGGUCCCGGCGAAAGAAGCUAAACUUUUAUCCUACAAUCUAUUUCAGGAGCAAUUUGUUCAAAUCAAAACAAUACGUAAAGCUGGAGGUGGUGGCACCGGACCGGCCAAGGCGUUCUAUUUGUUUUAUUUGAAAUAUAAACAGAUUGCCAAAAUGCUGUUGGAUAUUUGUUUUAAAGCUCUGUACAAUGACAUAACCCGUUCCAAUUAUGAGAAAAAUGAACAUAAACGUUUGAUUGAAAAAUCACAAAAAUUGGAUAGCAUUGUGGCCACAAUGAAAGAAAGGGGAGAAUCUUUGGAAUAUAUUGCUGAGAUCCUUGAAACUCUAACACCUCCUGAACGUGAAAUCUUGGAUAAAGUAAAGAAUCGCAUUAAGACCUUGUCCAAAGCGGAAUUAUCGCUGGAUGACACCAUAUUUCUGUUACAAAUGUAUUUAUAUCACUCGGCCCAAGUGUCUGUGGCACCGGCAACCAAGAAAUGAAAACGUAUAU